AGAGGGUUAAUGUGCUAUAUGUUGUACAGGAACAUAGCGAACGGGCACAAAGGUUGAUAUCCACGCUUCCCUCCCUCCUCAGAAAUUGAACCUGAGUUUUCCGACACCACUUGAAGGCGGCAGCUACGUGAACCGCUUGCGAGCCAAUGAGAGCGCUGACUCAUUUAAAGCUCACCAAUCAGCGACCGCUACGUCUUACGAAGGCAAGCGAGUCCGCCCCGCCCUGACGUUGCUCAUUGAAGAAGAAGAAGAGGGACUGUUUCAUCCUCACAAGAAAUUCAAUCAUGACGGCCAAAUUGUGUAAGCUCUUUGUCGGAGGACUGAACGUGGAAACCACAGAAGAUGGCGUCCGCAAGCACUUCGAACAGUUCGGCACGUUAAGCGACUGCGUCGUGGUGAUGAACCAGCAGCUCGGCCGGUCUCGCUGUUUCGGCUUCAUCACCUACUCGACACCGGACGAGGCCAGCGCAGCAAUGGCGGCCAAGCCACAUGUCGUUGAAGGCCAAGAAGUGGAGCUGAAGAGGGCCAUAGCACGCGAGGAUGCUAACAACCCGGACAUCGUCGCCAACGUGAAGAAAAUCUUCGUCGGCGGUGUGAAAGACCACAUCGAGGCGGACAACCUGUCCGAGUACUUCUCGCAGUUCGGCGUGGUGGAGAAGGCCGAGAUCAUCUCUGACAAGCAGACCGGCAGGAAGAGAGGCUUCGGCUUUGUCUUCUUCGAGGACACCGACUCCGCCACCAAAGCGGUGCUGAGCAAGUACCACACCAUCAACGGGAACAAGGUGGAGGUGAAGAAAGCUCUGACGAAGCAGGAGAUGUCCACCGGCGGCCGCGGACGAGGUCGAGGAAGGGGGAUGCAAAACUAUGGCGGCGGAAGAGGAGGUGGCGGCGGCUACGGAGGCGGCUACGGCAACAAUUACGGAGGAGGCUAUGGCGGGGGAUACAACGGCGGUGGCGGCGGAGGAUACGGCGGGUAUGGGGGAUACGAUGAGGGGGGAUACGACAACCAGAUGGGUGGGUACAGUAAUGGUGACUUUGGGGAUGGCUACGGACAGCAGCACUCUAACUAUGGUGCAGUGAAGGGGGGCGGCUAUUCCACCUACAGGAGCGGGGGUCCCUACAACAGAGGCGGCGGCGGCGGCGGUGGCUACAGCCGGGGAGGUGGCGGUGGUGGUGGAUACGGCGGUGGCUACUAGGGUCUCCCUCCAAGUUUUGUUUUGUUCAUUGGGGAAAAUUACAGCGGACUUGAAUUCACACACACGCACACACACAUCACACAUGCCCGGGUGAGGGGUCUUUGUUGAGCUCAGUUUAAGGGAGCAGUGCCCAUCACCCACACGGAAUGAAUGAGACUGUCCCCUGGAUCCAAGCUCCCCCCACCCAGACCCCAUCUGUCCUCUUAUUCCACACCUUAUGGACUUUACUACUAAGAAUUGUGAAUUAUUGAACUGUACUUUUGUUAUGUCGGGGGAAGACUUGCUUUGAACCAUUUGUAAAGCCGUAAUUAAUGUCAGUCACUGCUUCUCAACUCUAAAAAUUGAGUUUGUUUCGUCUUGCAAACCAGCCACAUGUGUCUGUUAUUUUUUGCAUCAUGAACUCAGGGUUAUAAGUAAUGUUGAUGGCAGUGUCGGGCAGCAUGGGACUCGAUUGCUUGAGUUUCUUGAUCUUAAAACACUCUCGUGACAAAGUAUUUUUUGAGAAAUGUCGCGAACUGUUUUGUUAUCUGUAAAUUUACUUUUUUUGUUCACCUUUCCCGUCCCAUUUCAGGCUUAUGUUUAGAUUAAAAACUGUUUUGAAAUUCAUGUGUUCAGUUCACCCCUAUGUUUGAUUCUGCUUUUAUUAAAGUUUUUAAUGUUUUGAAAAUCUA